AAAUGCAAUUUGUAUACAUCAGAUUAUUCAAGAAGCCUCAUUGAAUUGACGGAGACCCGUGUUUUUCCGUAUUUCUUCAAUUUUAUCAACCGUCAUUUAAUUGAUUUCAAAUAAAAUGAGUCGAAUUUGUGCGGUGCCGUUGAUGUUACGGCAGUAUAUGGCCAAGAAUUUGCGUGUCAAUGCAUUUAAUCGAAAUUUGUGUUAUUCGUCGCGAUUUUCAUCGCAAAACCUAACCUCAAAUCCACAAAGUGAAUUUCACAAUCGAAAAGCAAUCGGAAUCAUUUCGUUUGGUGAUCGAUUCCAAAGCAACCUGCUUGCGCAAACAAACAAUUGGAAUAAUUCAUGGCGUAACUAUUCGGCACAAACGCCACCAGAUGGAAAUAAUAAUUCAGCGUCGUCUGGUGGUUUUGAUGACGAUCAUAUGUUCGAAAGUGAUAAUUUCAACCUAUUUUCGGAGGAUGAGAGCGAUGACGACGAGGUAUUUUUAAAUGAUAAGAAAGGUGUUCCCUCAACGACCACUGUUCCAGAAUUUUAUCCAAGAGUACCUCUAAUUGCAACAACGUAUCCCGUUUUUCCGAAAUUUAUGAAAGUGUUCGAAAUCACCGAUCCGAAAUUGAUAAAAUUACUUGAAUGGAAAUUGUCAAUGGGCGAACCGUAUGCCGGUGUAUUUGUGCGAAAAAACCAAGAAGGCAACACAGUUUCCGAGGUGAAAGAUCUAAAUGAAUGCUAUCCUACUGGCACUUUUGUGAAAAUCACCGAAGUCAGUCGUCGCGAAAAUUCUUUACAAUUUGUAGCCAUUGCAUAUCGACGCAUUCAAUUUGAGAAGCAAUUGAAACAUGAACGAAUAGCAAAUCCGCCGACAAGCAAACAAGAUCGCAAACAAUAUCGUCAAAUUCAAAAUAUGCUUAACAAUUCUGAAUCGAAUAUUCUGAUGGUACAAGUAAAAAAUAUGUCAGAAGAACAACCGGAUUUAAAUUCCGACGAAUACAAAGCGACUACAAUGGAAAUUGUGAAAACGGUUCGCGAUAUUAUUUUAUCUAAUUCACUUAUUCGUGAGAAUCUACAACAAUUAUUGGGCAAUAAUUUGCGAGUGAAUGAUAAUCCAUCAUAUUUAGCCGAUCUUGCGGCAUCUAUAACCUCGUCGAAAGUUGAGGAACUGCAAGAGAUUAUGGAGGAAAAAAAUGUGUUUACUCGCAUGAAAACUGCACUUAAUUUAUUGAUUAAAGAGAAGCAACUAUUGGAUUUACAACAGAAAAUUGGCAGAGAUGUUGAAGAUAAAGUCAGACAACAGCAUAAACAGUUUAUGUUGCGCGAACAACUGAAAGUUAUAAAACGGGAAUUGGGAUUGGAAAAAGACGAUAAAGAUGCGCUGGCCGAAAAAUAUGAAAAACUUUUGGAAACUAAAGUUGUACCGGAAGCCGUUAAAACUGUUAUCGAUGAUGAAAUAAAAAAACUCGCCUAUUUGGAGAACAAUAGUUCAGAAUUCACAAUAACUCGAAAUUAUCUGGAAUGGUUGACGGAAUUGCCGUGGGGUAUUCGAAGUGAAGACAAUUUAAAUUUGGAAUCGGCCGAAAAAAUAUUAGAAGAAGAUCACUACGGUAUGGAAGAGAUUAAGAAACGUAUUUUGGAAUUUAUCGCUGUAAGCCAAUUGAAAGGAUCAACACAAGGCAAAAUCCUAUGUUUCCACGGACCACCUGGUGUCGGAAAGACUUCAAUUGCCAAAUCCAUUGCGAGAGCGUUAGGUCGAGAAUAUUUCAGAUUCAGUGUGGGUGGAAUGUACGAUGUGGCAGAAAUCAAAGGUCAUCGUCGAACAUAUGUCGGAUCAAUGCCUGGUAAACUUAUUCAAUGUUUAAAGAAAACAAAAACCGAAAAUCCAUUGAUUUUGAUUGAUGAAAUCGACAAAAUGAGCAGUCGUUCACACCAAGGUGACCCAUCAUCUGCAAUGCUGGAGCUUCUGGACCCAGAACAAAAUUGCAAUUUUCUUGAUCACUUUUUGGAUGUACCGGUCGAUUUGUCGAAGGUCCUAUUCAUUUGUACGGCCAACGUCAUCGAUACGAUACCAGAUCCCCUCCGCGAUCGAAUGGAAUUGAUUGAAAUGUCCGGCUACGUUGGCCAAGAAAAGGUAGCUAUUGCAAAACAAUACCUUAUUCCAAAUGCACGAAAAGAAAGCGGAUUGAAUGACGAACAAAUUCAAAUUGAAGAGAAGGCAUUGUGGACUCUGAUUAAGAGCUAUUGCAGAGAAUCUGGUGUUCGUAAUUUGCAGAAGCACGUUGAAAAGAUAAUUCGUAAAGUGGCCUAUAAAAUUGUCAAAAAAGAGGCAGAUACAUUGGCCAUUAGUUCGGAGAAUUUAAGUGAUUUCGUUGGCAAGCCCAUAUUCACACACGAUCGAAUCUAUGAAGAUACACCUCCGGGUGUUGUGAUGGGUUUGGCAUGGACAGCAAUGGGAGGUUCAACGCUAUUCAUUGAAACGGCCAAACGAAAAAUCAUGAAGACAGUGGCAAGUGAUGAGAAAAAAUCAGAAAAUGGUACACUCACUGUAACAGGACAUUUAGGUGACGUAAUGAAGGAAUCAUCACAAAUCGCCUUAACCGUAGCACGAAAUUUUAUGCAACAAAUCGAUCCAAGCAACGACUUCUUGGAAUCAAAUCACAUUCAUUUACAUGUACCCGAAGGAGCCACCAAAAAAGACGGCCCAUCGGCUGGCAUUACAAUUGUCACAGCUCUCACAUCGCUGGCCAUGAACAAAGCAAUUCGCCAAAACAUUGCGAUGACCGGUGAAAUUUCGUUAACGGGAAAAGUACUUCCGGUGGGUGGUAUAAAAGAGAAAAUUAUUGCAUCAAAACGGGUCGGUGUGCAUUGUGUUAUAUUGCCCGAAGAUAAUCGUAAAGACUACGCUGAAUUGCCCGAUUUCAUAACAAAAGAUUUAGAAGUUCAUUUUGUUAAAGACUAUUCCGAUGUGUACAAUAUUGUAUUUUAAAUUUAGUUCACGUAUUUCCAUAGUUCUUGAAAAAUAAACAUUUAAUGAUCUGUUUUGCAAGCAUUUA